AUUGCAUGGAGUCUCUUUGGUUUUUUUUCUUUGAGAGGACCUGCUCCAUUCAUGACGUUUUGCAGACGGGAGAAACCAUAGUAAACAGAUUAUUUUGAUGGUAUCCAGCUCAACUUGACGUUGAAAGGCCAGACAGUGGACACCGUUCAUCAAGUUCAAGAUGAUGACGUCAUCAAGGAGUCCACUCGCAAUGACGUCAUUAGGCCUCCAUUACGAUUGUGAUGAUGACGACGAAAUGGGUCUUCCGCCAAUCACGGGUGGCAGUCUGGACAGAGACUUCAUGCGCAUCAAUGUAUUUCCUCCUCCUCUUCAGACGCGCAGCAGUUCUGAAAACCGAAAGUUUUGCAUUCCUCAAACCGACGCAGAUUGGAUUCAGAUGGUGAAUAGAUUCAACCACGGACACCAAGAGAUGUAUUAUCCGUCUAAAAGUGUGUACUCCAAACCUCCAGGUCCGAAACCGAUCCGAUCCAUCAGCGCGAACUCCUAUUUCGAUCCGUUUACUUUGCGCACUGACGUUUCUGGCAGCACGAAGGCUCGUGUCGAAGAGAACGGGAUGACGCGCGUACAGAUGGAGCGCGCGUAUCAACGCGCAUGUGCAAAGUCUGUCACCGGUACAAGGUAUCGAGAACUGCCGUCCAAUUACUUACGCGAAUUUCCGCGAGAUCAACAAAGAAUUCCUAUUUUGAGAACUAGCACGAUGCCCUUCGUUCCUCGUUAUGCCAAUUCUUCAACAUCGGAAUCGGGGUACUGCACCGGUGACGAAACAAAAAAGGCAUCGACAUUUCUAGCUGCUCAACAGCGAGAACAAAGCUCUGUGCGUCCGAACCCUUUGUCGUCGCCAUCGUCAUCGAGACGGGCAGAUGGAAAUUUACCGUCGAAAAGAGAAGCGUGGUACAGUGCCCCCUAUCGUGCUAAAAUCAUAAAGCAAUCACCACCGUGGCGCUCUCUUUUGAACAGGCGACCCCAAGGGAUGAGAGCAAGUGGAGAGCUAUGUCCGAAGUAUUGUCGAUGCUGUUUCAAAGACACUUACGAUUCAAGUAACAAGAACAUUUUCAAGAUCGACCUCACGUAGACUAGUUUAGGAUACAAGUAUGUCAUUCCGGGAUGUCAUUAUAUCGAAUAUUGUCUACUAUUUUAAAGAUAAUAUGCCUGUAUUAAUAUUAUUAUGAUAGCAUCCUUAAAGGACAAGUCCACCCCAACAAGAAGUUGAUUUGAAUAAAAAGAGAAAAAUCCACCAAGCAUAACACUGAAAAUUUCAUCAAAAUCGGAUGUAAAAUAAGAAAGUUAUGACAUUUUAUAUUUUCGCUUAAUUUCACAAAACAGUUAUAUUCACAUCCUUGUCGGUAUGCAAAUGAGGAGACUGAUGACAUCACUCACUCACUAUUUCUUUUGUAUUUUAUUAUAUGAAAUAUGAAAUAUUUCAAUUUUCUCCCUGUUGUCGUGUGAAACAACGAUUAAUUCUUUCCUGAACAUGUACAAUUAGCAUUGUUUAAUACUAUAUGGUUCAAUCAAGUUGGUCCUUAUUGUCAAAUCUGUAAAAAAUGAAAUAUUGUAUAAUUCAAACAAUAAAAAAACAAAAGAAAUAGUGAGUGAUGGACAUCAUCGACUGUCUCAUUUGCAUGUCACUGAGUUGUGCAUAUCACUGUUUUGUGAAAAAUAAGAGAAUCUUUAAAAUGUCAUAAUUUCCUUAUUUUACAUCCGAUUUUGAUGAAAUUUUCAGCAUGAUGAUUGUUUGAUUUUUCUCUAUUUAUUCAAAUCAACAUUUUUCUUGGGUGGACUUGACCUUUAAAUGGUUUAAAACACUGCUCAAUUUUUUUUAGCAAAGCGCUUGACAGACAUUAGAGAAACACUAAUUAUUAUCAUGAUCAUUGAAUACUUGUAUUGUCUUUUUAAAGAUAUCUUUGAGGCCGUAGAUGACGCUCUUCAUGAAAGCUAUAGUUGUUGAAUAAGACAAAAAUUAAUAAUGUAUUCUCAUUUUUUGCCUGGCCUUACGCGGUGGAGGGAAAGGGGGGGGGGCAGGGGAUUGUUAAUCCCCCAUCCUGUCUUGGAAAAAUAAUUAAAGAACUAAAUUUCUUGUUAUUUUUUUUCCUUAUAACAUAAAUUAUCAAACUAUCAGAGAAGACAAUUUUAGUUUGCAAAAUAUUUGUUAUGAAUGCACACAAAAUAGAGGAUAUUCAUGCUCACUUAUUAAAGGGGAAUCCAACCCAAAUAAAAACUUGUUUUUAUAAGGAAAAUAAAUAUCAGACAAGUUGAUAAGUGAAAGUUUGAAUAAUAUGUUUUAAAGAAUGAAUGUUUUAAAGUUGUAAAAAUAUUGGUAAUCACUAUACACAUGGAGACUUCAAAUUGGCCGCAUAUGGGAUGUCAUAGUGAUGUAAGGCAAGGACUACUCUUCCAUGUACUCCAAUACAUAUUAUGGCUAAAAUGUCAUUUUCCCAAACGUUUUACUUCAAAUCAUAUUUUUCUUUUAUGAGGACAUAAAACAAUAUACUACCUGGGUUAUAUUUAGAUUACUGCCCCAGGGGAAUGGGUACUUAGAAGAAAACCACAAAUCCCUGAUAAUAAAGUACAUGGCCUAUGGGAAAGUUGUCAUUGCCCCUUGUCAUAAUUUACUAACCCAGUUGCCAAUUUGAAAUCUACAUAGUAUUAGUGAUCUCAAUUUUAAAGCAGCUAUAACUUUCUUAUUGCUUGUCGGAUUUCUUUCAAACUUUCACCAUUCUGUUUAAUUUAUUUUUCUCCUUCCGAUCACAAAAUUUUAUGGCCAAGGCUGGAUUCCCCUUUAAGGCCUGAUUUAUGUUACAAGUGGCGACAGCAAUCUAUAUUUCAUUAUGAAAAUCCGUAAAAAUUCGGUGUUAUUAAAACUAAAGCACCAUA